GAAUCUGCAUUCUUCUAAAGUGGUCAUCUGAAGCGUCUGCGUUACAGCCAACCACUCAACCUGAUCGAGCUCUUCUCACUGACUUCAGUGGAGGAGGGGUGAAACAGCAUGUGAGCGCUGCUUGGAGUCCUUUUUUUUGCUAUGGAUAUUUUGUCAAUCUUAUUAUAAUAUACGACAACAACAAAAAGAAUUUGAAUUUAAUAUAUUUAAGACUCUACUAAGAAGAGCCUCUUCAAAUGGUUUCCAGUUUUAAGUGAAAAUUGGCUUUUUCUUGGACACAGUGGAUGAUAGGUGAACUACAAGAUAACACGAUGACUCAAGUGGACACUGAGUUUGGUGUGAAGGGCAGCAGCAUCAUGAGAGAAUGGAGUGGACAGGUCCAGCCUGCUCUGGUUGCUUCCUUUAUUUUCCUUGUCUGUCUGGAAGCCUGUCUGUGGGUCAGGAACCUGAGGCUCAAGAGAAGAUUGCCAGGACCCUUUGCCUGGCCCGUGGUGGGCAACGCCAUGCAGCUGGGCCAAAUGCCUCACAUCACCUUUGCCAAACUAGCUAAAAAAUAUGGCAAUGUGUACCAGAUACGGCUAGGUUGCAGCGAUAUUGUGGUUCUGAAUGGAGACAAGGCAAUACGUCAGGCUCUGGUACAGCACAGCACAGAGUUUGCAGGCAGACCAAACUUUGUGUCUUUUCAGGCUGUCUCAGGGGGGAAAAGUAUGACUUUCACCAAUUACAGCAAACAGUGGAAGAUGCACAGAAAGAUUGCUCAAUCAACAAUCAGAGCAUUCUCAUCUGCCAACAGCCAGACAAAAAAAGUCUUUGAGCAGCAAAUUGUGGCUGAAGCCACAGACCUAGUUGAGAUUUUCCUUAAACUCAGUGCUCAGUGCCAGUAUUUCAACCCUGCUCAUGAGCUGACAGUAGCUGCAGCUAAUGUGAUUUGUGCCUUGUGCUUUGGAAAACGUUAUGGACAUGAUGAUGUUGAGUUUAGAGCCUUGUUACAGAGGAUAGAUCAGUUUGGACAGACAGUGGGGGCUGGCAGCUUGGUAGACGUAAUGCCAUGGCUUCAGUCUUUCCCCAAUCCAGUCCGCAGUAUCUUCAAGAACUUCAAAGACCUGAACCAAGAGUUCUUUGGGUUUGUCCAGAGUAAGGUGGAAGAGCACAGAGAGACCUUUGAUCCAGAGGUAACAAGGGAUAUGAGUGAUGCCAUUAUUGGUGUGAUUGACAAGGCUGACAGUGACAACGGACUCACUAAAGGUCACACAGAAGGAACAGUGUCAGAUCUGAUUGGCGCAGGUCUGGAUACUGUUUCCACUGCUCUUCACUGGAUUCUCCUUCUCUUGGCAAAACAUCCUGAACUCCAGACGAAACUCCAGAAGCUCAUUGACAAGGUGGUGGGGCGAAAAAGGCUGCCAUCUGUGGAGGACAGAGGUUGCUUGGCUUACCUAGACGCAUUCAUCUAUGAAACAAUGCGAUUCACAAGCUUUGUCCCCGUCACCAUCCCGCAUUCCACAACCUCAGACGUCACUAUCGAAGGUCUCCACAUCCCCAAAGACAUGGUGGUCUUCAUCAAUCAGUGGUCUAUCAAUCAUGACCCCCUGAAGUGGAAGGAUCCACAUAUCUUUGACCCCUCACGCUUCCUAGACGAAAAUGGCUCCCUGGACAAGGAUCUCACCAACAGCGUUAUGAUCUUCUCAGCAGGGAAGAGAAGAUGUAUUGGGGAUCAAAUUGCCAAAGUAGAGAUAUUUUUGUUCUUUGCAAUUCUUCUUCACCAAUGUAGCUUUGAGAAAGGCCCCGAUGAAGACCUGUCUCUAAACUGCUCCUAUGGUUUAACACUGAAGCCUUUAGAUUACAAGAUCACUGCCAAACUCAGGGGAGAAUUACUUAAAGACCAAUGAAAAAAUUUUCUCCAACAGCAAUGUAAUAUAAGGUAUGUGUUCUAAAAUAAAUAUUUAUGCCUUGUAUCACAGAGGAUUUUCAUGUAAUAAGCUUUUAUUAACGUCAAAAAUGCUGUGCUCAGUUUGGAUCAAAUGAUAAGCUUUCUUAUUUCUGCUGACAUUUAAAAUUCUAACCAAAGACAAUACUGUUAUUUCACUCAGUCACAAAAUAUGUCAGUUCAUGUAUAAAAAGUAUCCUGUAAAUGCCAUUAGACAGCAUGUGAGUCAUAUCUGAACUGUUUAAGCUAUUUUACUCUCAAAAUUUGUGACUGCAAGAGACUGAGAAAACCCAAACAUAUAUGUACUGGCUGUGUUACACCAUGUAAGAAACAGGAAAAAAAAAAUGUUAUAAAAGCUUUGAUGUGGUGAACAAAAACCACAGCUCAUAUUAAACCUUAAGUAUGUAUUGUUAUUUAUAUGAGGGUAUUUGGUGGAGUAACUCUAAAUUGCAAUAUAAACCGGUGGUGAUAAACAGAAGUGCUUUUUUCGCUGAUGGGGAGAAAUCAUGUGCCAGUUGUUUGGUCUCAAUUGAACAAUAAUUCAUCCAGACACUCAAUUAUCCUUGUAUGUAAUGAAAUUUUCAUGUUUGAGCUUAUUACAAAUACAGUGUGCAAAUAAAUACAGUGUGCAAAUAAAUCAUGAGUAAUAACUCAUGUCAUAUGUCUAAAAGCCA